GUUUACUCGUUGCCAUAACAAAUAUGGCGCUGUAACACCUCGACAUAAACAGAAAGCCACUCGAACGGUUUUAGGAGUGUUAGAACCGAGGAUGAAAUAAUGGGAAACUGUAAAUCCGAAUUAUCGCACAAGGCUAAUCGACAGUUCGUAUUUGAGCACAUAUUUGUUUCCUUCUUAAUUUUAUUACUCCUUUGAGCGAUACUUCAAGAUUUUUCGUAACAUUCCAUCACGUUUUAGAAGUAUCUUUUCACCUACUUUGAUACGUAUUAAUUUUUCGAGAAAGAGUAACGUUUUUUGACUCAAAGUGGUCAUGUUUAGCCUCUGUUAUACUUGCUGUCGCCGAGAAGGGAACAGAGAAGCUGUUACUAAGGCACUUCCUAUUGCCGUGUUGGGUCUUGACAAUGCAGGGAAAACAGUCAUGUCAACUGGCUUAUCAGGGGAAAAAGACCAUAAUCCUGCGCCUACUGUUGGUUUUAGCAACAACGACUUUAAGAUUGGUAAACAACAGAUAAAAUUAAUGGACUUAGGAGGAGGAAAGAGAGUUAGAAGUAUUUGGAAAAAUUACCUUUCUGAAAUUUAUGGUAUAAUAUUUGUGAUUGAUGCCAGUGACUCAGAAAGAGUAACAGAAUGCCGAGAGGUAUUAAAUGAAUUACUGAGAGAUCAGAGAGUACGCGAAAAACCGAUCUUAUUGUAUGUGUACUAUAAUGUAUUAGGUUUCCACCCAAAUAAAAAACAAUCUCCUCUACUUUCAUACAGUUUAGCCAAUAAACAAGAUAAAGCAGGAGCAAUGGAUGAAAUGGACAUUUGCACUGCAUUACAUGUGGAGGAUACUGUUUUCAAAGUGAAAUGUCCAAGUAGAAUUGAACUAUGUAGUGCAAUAUCGUAUGGAACUGGAAAAAAAGUCGAUCCUGCAAUCUACAAAGGACUUUGUUGGAUGAUUGCAAUAAUUCAUCAAAGAUGGGAGGAUCUUGAUUCACGAGUUAAAAGACAAAAUGAAGAACAUAAGGCCGAGGAAGCUAGGAAAUUUGAAGAGAAAAAAGCUCGUGCUCGAUUAAAUAAAGAGGAAAGAGAGGCUAGAGAGAGAGAAACUAAUGGCUUUAGAGAUGAUGACGACGAAGAUACACGUCUUGAUUCACCCGAUUAUUCACGUAGGAAGGAUUCUUUUAAGCGACGCUCUCAACACAAAGAGAACUACUCUCCUAGAAAUAGGCCUUUCGGAAGUGAUGAAAUGUUAAGGAGAAGAUCAUCCACUCCUCCUCCUUUAAAUCACUCUUCCGGUUUACCAUUAACUAAAUCUCGAAGUAUAGUACCACCACGUCAAUUAGAGCCACUUCAUAUAGAUGAAAGUGACGGUGCAGAUUCGGCUCGCAGUAAGAAAAAGAAGAAAAAAGGACGCUUUAGACUAAAAAAUAACAAAAUAGGACAAGAUGACUAUGAUACUCCCCGUCAAUACGAUUAUGAGAAUUCGUAUUCAAGCAAAGGGCGAAGUAACCAUCCAACAAUAGACGAAUUUGACGAAGAUGCCGACAAACCACAUCGAAAUUGGAGUUUAGACUUACCAGAUGAUAUGGAUCCCUAUAGGAGAAGACCGAAUUCUUAUGACGAUGUUAUAACCUAA